CAUGCAAGUAUUUGGCGGCAAGUUCAACUUUGAUCACACACAGGAAAAGCCUCGUCAUAACUUUGAUACGUUCACACAAUCUUUAUUUACUGUUUUCCAAAUUCUCACUGGAGAGGAUUGGAAUGAAGUGAUGUACGAUGGGAUUAGAGCAUUUGGUGGAGUGAAUAAAGUGGGAGCUUUAGUCUGUUUAUAUUUUGUGGUGCUUUUCAUUUGUGAUAUACUGCUUAAUGUGUUCUUGGCCAUCGCCGUCGAUAAUUUGGCCGAUGCAGAAAGUUUAACGGAAGCGGAAGAGGAGGCUGAAGAAGAAAAAGAAAAGGCCCGAUCUCUCAGAAGAUCGAAAUCGCCGGAAGGAAGUCAAACUGAAGAAGUAAACGUUCGAAUUGUAAACAAAGACGUCAACUCGAAAAUGAAUCAUGUGCUGACGGAUACGCCAAAGCGCAGAGUAGUAAUUGAUAAAACUGCAGGAGCCCACGCGAAAGACGAAGAUGUAGAAGACGAAUAUAUGGAAGCGAAGAAAGCUCUGGCAAUGUUAGGAGAUGAAGAGGUAGAAGUUGAAGUAAAAGACGAAGAAGACGACGAAGAAGACGAUUCUAAAACAGCUUCUACUGCCCGACCGAGGAGAUUAUCAGAAUUAAAUAUCAAAGAGAAAGUUAAGCCUAUACCGGAAGCCAUGUCGCUCUUUGUUUUCUCGCCCACUAAUAAGUUUAGAGUAUUUUGUCACUUUAUUUGCAACCACUCAUACUUUGGGAAUAUUAUUUUGGGUUGUAUUUUAAUAUCAAGCGCUAUGCUGGCAGCCGAAGAUCCAUUAGAUGCCGCCUCAAAGAGGAAUGAGAUCCUCAAGUACUUCGAUUAUGGCUUUACAGGUGUUUUUGCAAUGGAGAUAUCAUUAAAAGUCGUCGCAUAUGGUUUAGUUAUUCAUAAGGGAUCGUUUUGUAGGAGUUUAUUUAACUUACUAGAUUUACUCGUCGUCGGUGUCGCUCUAGUUUCAUUCUCCUUCCAAAACAACGCAAUAUCCGUCGUAAAAAUUUUGCGUGUUCUCCGAGUGCUGAGACCUUUAAGAGCCAUUAACAGAGCGAAAGGAUUGAAACAUGUAGUCCAGUGCGUAAUAGUAGCUAUAAAGACUAUCGGCAACAUUAUGCUUGUAAUGGUCCUGUUACAAUUUAUGUUCUCAGUAAUAGGAGUACAGCUGUUUAAGGGAACAUUCUACGAAUGUACUGAUAGGUCAAAGAUGACAGAGGAGGAGUGCAAAGGAUCGUUUAUUGUAUUUAAAAAGAAUGAUAUCAAUAAUCCAGUGGUUGAGAACCGAACGUGGAAGAACAAUGACUUUAAUUUUGACGCCGUUAGUCAAGGCUUACUUGCUUUAUUUACUGUUUCAACGUUCGAGGGCUGGCCCCUGCUGUUAAACAAAGCUAUAGAUUCGAACAAGGAAGACGUCGGUCCAAUUUAUAACAAUAGGCCUGCCGUCGCAAUAUUUUUCAUGGCUUUUAUUGUAGUCAUUGCCUUCUUUAUGGUAAAUAUAUUUGUCGGUUUUGUUAUCGUUACAUUUCAAUCGGAAGGAGAACGAGAAUACAAGAAUUGUGAACUGGAUAAAAAUCAAAGAAAAUGUAUCGAGUUCGCUUUAAAAGCAAAACCUCAAAGACGGUAUAUACCAAAAGCGAAACUGCAAUAUAAAAUCUGGUGGUUUGUAACAUCAAGACCUUUUGAGUACGGCAUUUUUGCACUAAUUAUGCUUAACACUGUAACACUGGCGAUGAAAUACGAUGGUCAGCCUCGGGCUUAUUCUCAGGCCUUAGAUUAUUUAAAUAUGAUAUUUACUGGAGUAUUCACAAUCGAAUUCGUACUCAAGCUAGCCGCAUUUAGAUUCAAGAAUUAUUUCGGCGAUGCCUGGAACGUACUUGAUUUUGUGAUUGUUGUCGGAAGUAUUAUUGAUAUUCUCGCCAGCCAUUUUUUUAACUAUUUCGGCGAUGCGUGGAAUGUGUUUGACUUUAUCAUAGUUCUUGGCAGCUUUAUAGAUAUUAUCUAUACCGAGGCUCUUCCCUAUGUUGCCCUGUUGAUCGUCAUGCUUUUCUUUAUAUAUGCAGUAAUUGGCAUGCAGGUUUUUGGUAAAGUCGCUCUGAAAUCUGAUACAGCGAUUAAUCGAAAUAAUCACUUUCAAACGUUUCCACAAGCCGUAAUGGUCUUAUUUAGAUCUGCAACUGGCGAAGCAUGGCAGGAAAUUAUGAUUUCGUGUUCUAAUCGUCCGGAUGUUCUUUGCGAUGAACACUCGGAUACUGCAAAUGAAUUGUGCGGAAACGACUUUGCCAUACCAUAUUUCAUCUCUUUUUACAUACUAUGCUCGUUUUUGAUUAUUAACUUGUUUGUUGCUGUUAUUAUGGAUAAUUUCGAUUAUCUUACUCGCGAUUGGUCGAUAUUAGGUCCACAUCACUUGGAUGAGUUUGUUCGACUUUGGUCGGAAUACGAUCCUGAAGCAAAAGGCCGAAUUAAGCACUUAGAUGUAGUAACUUUAUUAAGGAAAAUAUCCCCGCCGCUUGGCUUUGGCAAACUUUGCCCUCAUCGAGUUGCCUGCAAGCGUCUGGUGUCAAUGAAUAUGCCGUUAAAUAGUGACGGUACAGUAAUGUUUAAUGCAACGCUGUUUGCUCUUGUUCGAACUUCCCUUAGAAUCAAAACUGAAGGAAAUAUCGACCAAGCCAAUGAUGAAUUGCGCACGGUUAUUAAAAAGAUAUGGAAACGGACUAAUGGAAAGCUUCUAGAUCAAGUUGUACCACCAGCUGGUAGAGAUGAUGAUGUUACAGUUGGAAAGUUUUAUGCAACUUUCCUUAUUCAAGACUAUUUUAGGAGGUUUAAAAAGCGUAAAGAACAAAUGGCUAAAAUGCAUCAAUUGGGACAUGAGCAUACAAACGCCUUGCAGGCCGGUUUGAGAGCUGUUCACGACUUAGGACCAGAGAUUCGGCGAGCAAUUUCUGGUAAUCUGGAAGAGGAUGAUUUUUUCCUCAAAUCUGAGGAACCCGCCCACAGGCGUAAUCACAGUCUAUUUGGAAGUAUCUUUAACCGAAGUAGUUCUACUCGGACAAAGAACGAAUGUAAUCAACAGCAGUCGAAAUUGGCACCGACCUUGUCUGUUAACAACAAUCAAGCGCCUACGAAUGAAAAGAUCCUACGCAAUAGCAUUGGUGGUCAAUCGCCUGUCUCCCCUGGUGGCCAGAGUUAUUUGGGUGUGUCAGAGUAUGCCCCUCCAACACCAUCUCCCCAACUAUUGACACCGGUUACAUCGGAUGAAUCUAGAAGAGCAAGUAAAACAAGUUUACCACAAGAAGACGAAGAUUACGGAAGUCCACCACAAACUCCACCUUCUUACCGGUCCAGUGGUGGAAGAAGAAGCUCGUUUAAGUUGGCAGGAUGUAUAAAGAAUAGAGACGAUCCGGUUAGCAUGUCCCGGAUAGCUACUCCCUUAAAAUUAGCUCAGGCUCACAACGAUCAACGACAUAUGGUUAAUGACGAUCGACGGCGCGUUCGCGGCGAUGGUGGUGGCGUCGCUUCGCGUAAACACCAUCACGCUUCUAAUCACGUGACGACGCCGCUUUUGGCUAUUCAUGGAGAAACGAAAGAGACUGUGUUUUCUGAGGAGGAAAUGGCCGUUAUUCUGGCUAUGGCAGUAGCAGGAAUGACUCCUGAUGGCCGAGAUCAUGUUCUUGAUCAUAGGUCAUAUCGAACUCCCCCAGAAUCUCCUCGCCGAGUUCGUUCGGCGUAUGAACAGCCACCGGUAUCAUCUAGACGCUUGGUGGGACACGUCCUAGAGCAGUCUGGUCUCGAUCGUUAUGUUCACCCGCAUAUGAUUCAACAAGAGAUUGCCGACGCUCACAAUAUGACGCCGCAUGACGUCGAUAUAGCUGCAAGACGCCUGAUGCGGCCGAACGAACGAGGUUAUCGUCCGCCUAGGCGGCCGGAAGCCGAUUACGGACCGUUCGGCGAUCAAUUAGAAUAUAUUACGACGCUCUGA